GUGGAGCUUGCCCUCAUAUCUGUUGCAAGCGUGAAUUUUGCAUUAUUCGGAGAACCUAAAGAACAAGAAAUUAUUGUUUGGCAAUAUUAGUUGACAGCACGUAGUAUGUUUCGAAUGAGUGUAAAAGCUUUGUUUGUCGAGUAUAUAGUGUCGUUUAGGAAUUGCUAAUUUAUCUCAUAGGAACCCGAGUUGCUGGCUUAGCUGUGAUUCAGAACUGAGUCGUGUUUAACAACAAAAAAAUCAUUCAUUUUAUGUAAGGGACGAUGGCCACUCGCCAGGCUUUUACAGACUCAGACACUGCCGACGAAGCAGUGAGGGCGACCUGCGACGAUGCAUCCAUGUGCAAGAGGUUUGCAACCAGUAAAGGCUACUGGAAAGACCCAUAUAUCCAGUAUUUUGUCAGGCAGGUUGGUGAAAGAAAGGCUCCGGAAAUCAACAGAGGUUACUAUGCUCGUGUGCAAGGAAUGAAUCACCUCCUGGAUGCUUUCCUCAGGAAGACUGCCUGUGACUGUCAGGUGAUCAAUUUUGGAGCAGGACUGGACACAACUUUCUGGAGGUUGAAGGAUGAAAAUCUGUUGCCCAAAAAGUACUUUGAAGUUGACUUUCCCAUGGUCGUAGCAAGGAAGAUACACAACAUCAAGACAAAACCUCCCUUGUCUAAACCCAUUAUUGAAACACACUCCUCAGAUUCACUUUUAAUUGAUGGCCAUAGCUUGGACUCAGACAGAUACUGUAUCAUUGGGGCAGAUCUUCGGGAACUCCCAAGCCUGGAUGAGAAGCUUAAGAAGUUCCAGUUGAACCCAGAGCUGCCUACGUUAUUGCUGUCUGAAUGUGUGCUGGUGUACAUGACUCCCGAACAGUCGUCCAGACUGGUGCACUGGGCGGCGGAAACCUUUCACACGGCCAUGUUCGUUAACUACGAGCAGGUGAACAUGACGGACCGGUUCGGGCAAGUAAUGAUCGAGAACCUGCAGAGACGCCAGUGCAACCUGGCAGGGGUUGAAGUGUGCUGCUCAUUGGAAUCACAGAAAGAGCGCUUCUUGAAGACGGGCUGGGAGAGUGCUAAUGCUCUGGACAUGGCGGCUGUGUACAGCGUGCUUCCGCAGGACGAUAUGGCCAGGAUAGAGCGCCUGGAAUUUCUGGAUGAAAAGGAACUUCUCCAGCAGCUUCUGCAACACUACAGCAUUUGCUGGGCCUUCAAAGAUAAACUUAAACUGGGACUCUCACAGGUUGCUUUUUGAACCGGAAGAGGACUGAAAAUGGUUCUUUGUGCCAUAAAUCCCCUAACUUUCAGAAACAGAAGAAAGCCUCUCUUACUUCAGCACUGGUGUACCUUUUAAGGGAUUUUAAAAAUAAUUAACCUUAAGGGAACCAGAAUCCACAGCUGUUUUGUUCUGACUUGAUUCUUUGUUGGUUUCAUUGUGGCAUGGAAAAUUUAAGGAAAAAAUAUUUACAUAUUAGUUUAGCUGAUGUUUUUCUUGAAAGCAAGCUAU